GCCUAACGCGUACAAUGGCUCAUCUAGAAAACCGUACAGACUUCCCCACACAUGAGUUUGCAAAAAAAUGCGUAGUAAUGAAUUUAGAUCAUCCAUCGGUUGCAUUAGUGGGAGCAAAAUAACCAUGCUAUAAAAGCAGCCGGCCGAAAACGGUAUGCAGUGCACCGACAGUUCAAGUUCAACGUUUACUUUCAGCAUGAAACAAGUAAGAAGCUCUUCACUCUCAUUCGUGGUCGUUGCGUAAUCGUAAACAUUAGUGCUUCGGUUUGGUUUAGGGAUAGUAGGUCAGAGAUAAAAUUAGUGCUUUCGAAUAGCGGGGAAUUCUCUUUUCGAAUCAGGAUCACGAGAAACACUGCAUAUCGGCCUACCUGUUUUUGGUGCUAGUUCUAGCCCUCUUUGGGGCAGCUACCGCUGCCAGGUUAGACAACUUACAGAGUCAGUAUCUGCCUCCCACAGGGUCAGACAGCACAAUUGCUAGAUUUGGACCUCAAUACCGUGGUACUCAGUACUCUCAACCACAACAGCCAAUCGUUUAUGGCCCAACACAACAGUACUCGAAUCAACAGGGACAGUACUCUUCUGGAAUACCGGUGGGACAAUACUACCCUAAUCAACAAGGGCAAUACUCUUCCGGGACAGAAACAGGACCGUACUACCAAGGACGCUAUGGCGGAGAUCAAGGUCAGUACUCUGGAGCAACGAUUCUGAAAGCUGACAAUCAGCCCAAUGCAGGAGACGGCACUUAUAGUUACAGUUAUGAAACCUCUAAUGGUAUCAGUGCCCAAGAGUCUGGUACCGGAGCUGUAGGAGCUGAAGGAGGGUACUCCUAUACAUCACCUGAAGGCGAGGUCAUAUCAGUAAGAUAUACAGCGGAUGCAGAUGGUUUCCACCCAGUAGGAUCUCACAUACCAGGCGUUGAAGCUAUCCUCAAAUCCAUCGAAAUCAACAAAGCUGCAGCUGCUCAGCAGUAUGGUGCUCCAAGCCAACAGUACGGCACACCAAACCAACAAUACGGCACACCAAAUCAACAAUAUGGCACACCAAAUCAACAAUAUGGCACACCAGCAGCUGGAGGUCAAUUUGGAGCUGGUGGCCAGCAACAGUACCAACCGUACAGAACACCUGUUCAGCAGUACAAUGCUCCUGGUCCACUGUACGGAACACCAAGUGGUAUAAGUCAACAGACAUUUGGUGGACAACAGUAUAGUACUCCCACCCAACAGUAUGGAGCUCCUUCUCAGUACAAUAGGCCAAGUCAGCGAUAUGGAGCUCCAGGUCAGCAAUAUGAUGCGUCCAGCAGUACGUUUGGAGCAAGGCAAGGAUUUAAUGUGCCAGCACCUCAGUAUGGAACACCAAAUGGUUCCAACCAAGGGUAUCGGUAUUAAGAGAUGGUUAGUAUUAUAACGUCUGACAGGGUAUUAGUUUUGUAAAUAUUCUUGUAUCUUUAUAAGUAAUAAAAUUGUUUGCAAGUUUUA